AUGAGCCGAACCCUCUAUCCCUCGAUCCGCAGUGAUACUGGGUAUAACAUGCAACAGCCCGGCGCUCAGGACCUUAACAAGCCGACCAUAGAGAUGAGUUUAAGAGAGCAUCUCCUUGCUGCUGGCGCCGGCCAACCCAGCGUGCAGCCUCUGCCACAGCAUCCCCAUACUACCGGCCCGCCGCACGCCAUUGACCCAGCCAUUGCAGGCUCUGCCUACCAAAUGAGCGCUGGCGACCCCAACGACGGAAACACGAGCGAGGGUCGCUCAAAGGGACGGAGAGAGUUGUCGACUUCCAAGCGUGCUGCGCAGAACCGCGCUGCCCAACGCGCCUUUCGCCAACGCAAGGAAGAGUACAUUAAGCAGCUCAAGGACCAGGUCAAGGAGUUCGAGCAGUUGUGCGAGCUCUACAAGACUCUCCAAACCGAAAACUACCAAUUGCGCGACUACAUCAUCAACCUUCAAUCACGACUACUCGAGACCCAAGGCGAGGUUCCACCAGCCCCCGCUGGCGUCGACCUCAACCGUCCACACGGUGAGCCGCCGAGCUUGAUCCAGAGUCAACAACAGCCACAACAUCAGCAGCCCGAGCAACCACAGCCGCAACAAAGCAGUCCGCAUAGUAACAAUGGAGGUCUCUCUGAGCGCCAAAUUGGAGAGCUCCAGAUGGCGGCACAAGCUGCGGCUGCCGCACAGCACGGCAGUUCUGCGAAUAAGCACUCCAGCACAGAGGGCUCAUACGAGUACGCCGAGAAGCGCCAGAAGGCUGACGACUCACCGCAAGGUCAGCUCCUUUCGCCAUCCUCCGGCUACCCGAACCCAAAUGCUUAUUGA